AUGCUGACCCGGGCAGCGGAGAAUGCCUCAAACAGCACGGGGAAUGGCACGCCUUGCUGUGUGGAACAGGACGGCCGGAGGAGGCCGUACCACGCAACCCGGGCGGUCUGGAAGCCGACCUCGCGUUGUUCCGAGCCCACUCUCGGCGUCUCCUGGCCAUUGAGCUCCCGUCCGGGCAUCCCGUUUGAGGCAUUUACCCGUGCUCGGGGCCCCGGACUAUGCAAGCCCCUGACGAUGCCGAGCGCCACUGCCGCAACAGGCCGAUCCGAAGGAGCGCCCAGCAUCAAGAAACCGGGAGGCCGAACUGUCUUCGGUGGUCUGCUUGUACCGCGCUACACUUGGUUAGGGCUAGCCUGA